GUGAAUCAGUGCAGUAUUGCCAUGCCUCUCUCUCCUCUGCCUCCCCCCACCCCCCUUUCUCUCUCUCUCUCUCUGUUCAUGGGAGGAGCGCAGCGCCUCUCCGUAUAAGAAGUGUUGAGCUUACAACAAGGGAUUUUACACAGCUACUCAGGAGAAACGAAAUGAUCUGCCCUGGAGCCGCAGCAAAAUGCUGGAUGGACACCUACUCCUGGGAUGGUUAUCGUUCACAGUUAUAGUGCAUCUUCUCAGCUUGCCUGGACCAACCACAGCUUACUUCGGGUUGACCGGUAAUGAACCAUUGUCUGUUCUGCCACUGAAUUCUCUACCAGAAGAGAGCACGGGUAGGGCCCACUACAAGCUUUGUGACCGUCUCAAACUGGAAAAGAAGCAGCGCAGGAUGUGCAGACGAGACCCGGGCGUGGCGGAUACCUUGAGAGAGGCCAUAAUUAUGAGUGCCUUAGAAUGCCAGCAUCAGUUUCGCUUUGAGAGGUGGAAUUGCACAUUAGAAGGUCGGCAUCGCGCCAACAUAUUAAAAAGAGGAUUCAAAGAGACAGCCUUCUUGUAUGCCAUCUCCUCAGCGGGCCUAACUCACGCCUUAGCCAAAGCGUGCAGUGCAGGACGUAUGGAGCGCUGCACGUGUGACGAAGCCCCAGACCUGGAGAACCGCAAGGCCUGGCAGUGGGGAGGCUGUGGAGACAACCUGAAAUAUGCCAAUAAAUUUGUCAAGGAAUUUCUGGGCAAACGCUCCAACAAGGACCUGCGUGCACGAGUGGACACGCACAACACAAAUGUGGGGAUGAAGGUAAUCAAGGCUGGAGUAGAGACUACUUGUAAAUGCCACGGUGUCUCUGGCUCCUGCACUGUCCAGACCUGCUGGAGGCAGCUCCUGCCCUUUCAUGAGAUCGGCAACCGACUGAAGCUGCGCUACGAGACUUCUGUCAAGGUCGGCAGCUCUACCAAUGAGGCCACUGGAGAGGGAGACAUCUCGACAGGCCGAAACCAGCAGCAGCAGCACUCCCUGCCUGGUCUGAGCGAUCAGAUCCCUCGUACUAUGGAUCUGCUACACAUCGAGGACUCGCCCAGCUUCUGUAAACCCAGCAAAUACUCAGCAGGCACCGCAGCACGCAAGUGCUACAAAGACCAGAACUGUGACGCUAUCUGUUGUGGGCGGGGCCACAAUACACAAAGUAGGGAGGUGACCGGGCCCUGCCAGUGUCAGGUGCGAUGGUGCUGCUACGUUGAAUGCAAGCAGUGCACGCAGAGAGAAGAAGUCUACACCUGCAAGGGGUAAAGCAUCAGCUACCAGUUGCCUCAGAAUCAGUGGAGCAAGUCAAAGAUGGUUGGUCUUUAUGAUUCAGGUCUUUGUGAUGAAGAAGACUAGUUGGUUUGUUCUCAUCUGAGGUUGUGCUGCUAUUGUCGGAACAACAUUCUGCAGAAAGUUGAGAAGCAAACCAAAAAAAGCAAAAAAGCACUUUGAUGGAUUAAUGUGGGCUUCAGGGGUCCUACAGAAUAUUCAGACAACUGGGUUACCAUCUCAAGCUAUUUAAUCACAGCAUUGCCUUGAGGAAAAAAGCUUUUUCUGUUACCUGUUUCAGAUAUCCAUAGACAACAUUUUCCAAGAAAAUUAAUAAUCCAGUUGUAGAAUAAAUACACGGAUGGUUUCACAAACUGAUUUCUUUUGGGCUUUGCCCAAAGAACAAUAGAGUGUGUGAGUAUGUUAAAUAUGUGUGUUCUUCUUGUGUGUCUUUGCACUCUAGCAAAAGUUUGAGUGAUAAUAUUUUUUAUUCCAGUUAAAAUCAUAUUCUGAGACUCUUCAAAAAAAAAAAAAAAAAAAAAGCCUGGGUGUAAGAUUAACUUUACACGCACAUAUUUACACUCACACACAUUGUGUGUUUGCAUAUGUAUAUAAAUAAAACCAGUUAUGAUUUAGUGAUAUUAUACAAGCCACUUAUGUAACUAUGUAAAAUCAAACCACUAAAAACACAAACAUUUGGUUGUUUGUGUUGUUUUUCUCUUUGUUUUAAUCCAUUUUGGCAAUUGCCUCUGGAAAGCAACACACUUUUAUUUGAUGUCUUGUGGAUAAUUUAUAGAUCCUUUGGGACUACUCCUUUACCAGGAGGAUUUUCUUUUCUUUAUUUUCAGUAAUGUAAUAUGAAACUGUUUGUAAAUGAAUUAACAGAAAACAACUAAACCAAUCAGUUUAGGCUAUUCCUAGCCUUGAGCAAACCAGUGUUCAGGGAAUAACUUAAACCACUAUAUCUAUGAGGAUAAAAUAAUAUGAAAAAAUUACAGACAAUUUCACAUUGGAGAUACCAGUGGUUCAAGCCUGCGUUGUUGCAGCAGAUUAUCAUUUAAACAGCAGACAUGUGGCAUGUAACUCUGAUCAGACUUUAUGGAGCUCUGUGCAGCUUCAUAUUUUUUUUAUUGGUUUUUCUUUUUAUACUUUGUUGUAAAGAAAACUGUGGAGAACUGUAGGAAUGUAACUCCCUACCAUUUCCAUAUUUGCCUCUCCUCUUCAGCUGCCACAAUUUGAUUGAGCCAUAUUAUAGUGUGUGCAGUAGAAGUUUAAACAGUAUGGGGCAAAUGAGACUGAAAUCUACCCUGACAGUGUGCAGAUUUGCUCUAGUGAAUAUGUAUGUUUAUGCCUUGUAGCUGGCAUAAAUAUAUUUUUGAUAAGGCCGAUGUUUAUGUGAUGUUCCACAAACUGAUGCCUACACAUAAAGCUGGACUUUCACCACUUCCGUCCGUGGGAACCCAGUGAAGAUUUAUUUAUACACAAGUUAGUUCACCUUUCUUCCUUACUAUAUGUGACUCAGUCAACACAUUGGGCGUUAAUAGGACUCUACAAUACAAAUUGCAGUGACAGUGACACUUCAUAGCAAAAGUUCAGCAUUUCAAGAAUUCUACUUUCUUGCUUUCUUAAGCCUGAAUUAGGAGAAUAACAUCUCUGAUGUCUGUGUGAAAGAUUUACACCUGGUUUUUAUAGGCUGACAGAGUGCUAGGAUAAGCUAUGCUAACCAGCUGCUUAAUGCUAGAGAGACAAGAGUGAAUAAGUACAAUUCCUCAAAACUAUCAAUGUGCAUCUCCCUUGAAUAUUACCAGCACACCAAGUAAAGUUUCAAAUAAAAGAUAUUAAAUGGAUUCCUCUUGUUUUGCAGUAGCAUAAUCUCAUACUAAAACAAACAAAACUAAAGAGUAGCAGUUACUGUCAGAAUGUUAGACUUAUUUAUUAGCUUUUUUAGUCAGAUUAUGCUACUUCAACAAAAGAUUGCUCCUUUACUAGAAAAGAAAAUAUUUUUUGGCAUUUUAGCUAUUUAAGAAAACAAGUGCAAACAACACUUCACAUUAUUCUGGUGAGAAAUAACUACUGAGUGAGGGACCCAUUUCUGUAUUAUAGCAACAUUCGCGCACUGAAGCCAAAUUCCCUUUAAAGUAUUUUACAUCUGUAUUUAUAGAUACAAUAAAGAGCAGAUCUUUUCUAUUUAAUUUUUUUCUGUUAAUGUAAGUAGCAAUGGUUUCUUCUCCUGUGGUAUAGAGACAAAACUGAGGCACAUGUUUAGCUCUCACAAAAAUUUUAAACAAAACUUUUGGGGACCCCCACAAAACUAAUUAUUUGGUUCAGCAUUAUCACUGUUUCAAACCUGCAAAAUUGCGAAAUUUUUAGUAUGAUAAUCAGCCAAUCAGAGUACAUUUAUUUCGUUAGUCUCACUUUGGCAUUAAAUUCAUGCUUUAGGAUGCAAACAUCACUUGGCUUAUUUGUUCUGAGGUGCUAAAUUCCAAACAUUUUGAUAGGAGAUGGCACUCCAAAUAAAGACUGGUCAAAACACAUACACAGACAUUUGCACGCUACAUGGUGACCAUAAUAGCUAUGCUGAGACUCUUAGGAUAAAUGCGUGCUCCCCACAGCUUCUAGUGGUGUUUUAUGUUUUUUUUCCACAUUUUUUUGGCCCAAGCGCUGUGUGGCUCUCUGCUAUUAAAUUAAAUGGAUUUGCAAAGGAUAUGACAGAUAUACUAAAUUCACACAGAACACAUUCUUUGGUGUGUUCUUGGUUUGUACAUAGGCCUACAAGCUGUCAAGGAAAAAGAGGAGCAUGAUGCAUAUUUCAAUUUCACUGUCAUCUAUGUUCUCAAAAACAAAGCUCUGCACUGUUUAGUAUUCAGUGGAUCAUGUAUAAAAUUUUAUUUUGUAGAAAAGAUUAAGAGAUAAAUUAUUUUUGAAAAUAUUAUGAGCAUGUGUUUAGUGUAAAUAUAUAAAUAUAUAAAAAGUUUAAAUUGAUUUUAUAUCCUGGAUUUUAUGAUGUUUUUUUUUUUUUUUUUGUCUCUUAUGGGUGUUUAUGCCUUUAUGGGGUUGAGGUUUCACAAAGCAAUAUAUUUUUAAAUCUUGUAUCAUGUAAAGUCAAAAUUAAUAUCCAAGCACUAAUAAAUCCUUAAAAAAAUCAAUAAAAAAAUCAAUGCACCUGUAGUUAUUGAAGAUGAUCACUGUCAUCCAGAUUAUUUUUAUUGAUUUAGAUCUGAUCACAUAAUUGCCUUUUUUGUUAAGCAUCUUUUUAAUUUUUAUUGUAGCUGUCCAACCAUAUAGUCUCCUACAGUGUUAAAAAAAUGUCCUCGUCUGUAUGAAUUGAUUUAUAUCCUACUUUGUUUGCAUUUUGAUAGGAUUUAUGCUGUGCUUUCCAGAUACAUAACACACACCAACUGUGUAUUUUAUUUUUGUGAAACUAUUACACCAACGGAGUUUUGUCCAUGUCCACCUAUUCUUGUCUUAUGGGAACUCUAAAUUAUUUUCCCUCUACCUCAUGUGUAUAGCUUGUAGGCAUAAACAGAUCGCAAAUGACUGGUAAGAAUGUAUUUAAGUUAUUUAACAUCUUUGUAUAACAAAGGCGAAAAAAAAAAUCUGAAAUAAUAAAUGAAUUUUUAAAAUUGUAA